AUGUAUGCAACUAUCUGUAAAAGUGUGAAAAAUACAGAUAGAAAUAUUUACAGAAUGAUUGUUGCAGGUUUUACUGGCCAACUUCGUGGCUGGUGGGAUAACUAUUUGACUGUCGAAGAAAGGGCAUUAGUUAUUAAAGCUAAAGCCAUUGAUGAAGGAGUUGAUAACUUAGGCAUGGCACUAGUGGCAAAUAGAGAAGAUGCUGUUUAUACCCUUAUUCUUACUAUUCUAGAACAUUUUAAUGGUAGAUUUACCAAUCAGAAUGAGAUUGUCCGUACUCUCCUUAAUGGCCUUAGAUGUAAGACCUUAGGAAUUUGCACACAGGAAGGAUUAAACAUGUGCAAUGAGUUAAGAUUAUCUAGACAGCUUAAGAUGGAUAAGCUUAAAGAAAAAUCCCAGUUAGGAGAUUUUUGUACUCAGUUCGGUUUACCCGAGACUUUUACUCAUAAGAAGAAGAAACAUAAGUAUCAUAGAUACCCCAACCAAGAUAGUCCUUAUAGGAGAAAGAGAUCUAGAUAUAGAUCCAAAGAGGAACGAGAAGCUAAGAAAGCCCAUCGUAAGGCUACUAGAUUUACCAAAAAUAGGUCUAAGCGAGAUCUUGCUGACAUUAAGUGUUAUAAGUGUGGUAAAUUAGGCCAUAUAGCCCCGAAUUGUAAGCUUCAAAAGCUGAAAACCUUAGGACUAGACGAUGAGUUACGUGAUAAGUUAUACCCUCCUAUUGUACUUGGAACACCGUUUAUUAACGCCAUUUAUCCUUUUACUAGCAUAGACUCGAAAGGAUUUACUGCUACCUAUAAGGAUAAAGAGAUAAGUUAUACUUUUGUUACAGAUCCAGAAAAGAUCAAAUUGAUUUCCGAACAGAUUGCUAUUGGUAUUUGUGCUGAGCAUCCUAGUGCUUUUUGGAAUCGAAAAAAGCAUAUUGUCGCUCUUCCAUAUGAAGAUAAUUUCUCUGAGGAUGAUAUUCCUACUAAAUCUCGACAUUGUCAGAUGAACGCGGAAUUGGUGGAAUUCUGCAAAAAAGAGAUUGAUAGCUUGUUACAAAAGGGUUUGAUAAAACCCUCAAAAUCUCCUUGGUCUUGCACAACUUUUUAUAUUAAUAACGCAGCUGAAAAAGAACGUGGUAUUCCUAGAUUG